AUUAUCUACAGCUACAACACCACCUCGCUCACGCGCUUUGGACAGUAAGCGGGUGCUGUUCAUCUCUUCUUUGGCGCUGAAUGCAAACGCAAUAUGCUGCGCAUGUCCGUAGUUGUGCAACUACAGCUACGCUCUUGCAUUUCGGGCGCAACAUGAUUCGUAUGUUUGUGGUGAUUUAUUUACUUGUUAGUUCAUUGAGGGAUCAUUUUUUUUAACUUUACAAAAGUACACACAUUUUAUCGUCCUAGCGGAAAAAAAAAUUAUGCCCACCACCUCGUCGUUGGCGCACAAGUUUCGUUUCAGUUACAUUACUCUGCCGUUGUCGAUCGUGCUCGCGGGCGUGUUUGUUUUUUACACAUUCCACAAGGCAAAGGAGAGAAAACGGGAGUACGAGGCAGAUGAUCCCGGCGGCAAGCCGGCCCGCCGUAGUUCUAGCAAGUACAAUCGGUCGCAGGAACGAAAAUCGCCAGAAGCGGAACAACGCAAGACCAAGGCCUUCUUCUGGACCCUGAAGGAGGGCAAGGGGACGGCGUCCGCUCGGGAAGGGGACCUGAUCUCGGUUUAUGUGGAGGCUAUGGUGGACGCGGACCGGGGCAAAGAGGUCACCCUGACCGAGCGGCAGAAGCGGCAGUCUUUUCGCAUCGGCGGGACCGAUCCCGAUAGCGCGGAGUGUCGGGCGGGCGGCGCGGAAGCGGGCGAAAACACCCUGCAGCUUGGGUAAUGAGCAAAAAAAGACGUUGUUUAAGUGAGUUUUUAUUUCGACGUUUCGGUUAUUUUUCUUCUUGUACAGCACACGAAGGUAAAGAUGAAACGGCUAUGUUCAUCGUGGGAGUUUGUUUUCCAAAGUUUCCUCGGUUGUCCUUAUCGUGUACUUGUUGUGUCAUCUUUUUAAAUACGGCUGCCGAUUCAACAUUUUUUCCAGCUGCGUUUCGAAGGUGCAGGAGGGGCUGCUUGGCGUACGGGUGGGGGAAACGCGCAAGGUGUUGGUGCGACACCACAGCGGGCGGCACCUUGGGACGGUUCCUCGGGAUUCCCCGGCAGUGCUGCGCGUUACCGUGGAGGACCUGACGGAUCUCCGAACUCUCGAGGAUGAUGACCUCUGACGACGUAUUCCGACAUGACGUGGCCUCGUUUUUGUUCUCUAUUUUGCGGCUGAAAAUCAUUAUUCUGCAGCGAUGUCCGAGCACAAGCACAAGCUGAUGGAUUCGUCAAGAUGAAGACGCUGACUAGAAGGAAGACGAAUUUUUCUACUGGAGUAGUAAGAAAGGACCAUGUUGUGGUUGCCGCUAGCUUGGAGAACUCUAUGACAGCAACCGUUGCAGCACAGCACUCUGCCGGGACCGACCGGAUGGGAAAGUUGUUUUUUCGGCACGCCUGUGUUCCGUUCCGGGAAUUUUGCGGAGACGAUUGCGUUGUGAAUUUUUUUCAUUCUGGCCCGGGUUGGGCUUGUCCGUCACGUAGUGGGUGCUCCUCUGUUUUGUAAUUCAUGAGUGCAGAAAAAAAGACGGAGAUGAUGUGCUAGA